UACGUACGCCCCUUCAGUACUUUGCCGAAACAGAAAAAACAUAAUAUAACACCAUUUAUAUUAUAAGGAAUACCUCCCUUUAGCACAGUAUCAUUAUUAAAAAUGUUUUUAAACUUACAAUUAUUCGUGACUGUGGUGUUAGUUUUCUUCGUUCAAUGUUGGGCAAACAGCAAUGUUAAAAUAACCGUGUACUAUGAACCAUUGGGAGAAGAUAGCGUUAAAUUUAUUACAAAUCAGCUGUAUCCCGCUUAUAAACAAAUUGGUGAUCAUUUGAACGUCGAUCUAAUUCCUAAGGUCAACAAAACGGCAUUUGGUCGAAAAUUAGGAAAAUCCCAAUAUACUUACCCGUAUGAAACCAAAGAAAGUUAUUUGGCUGCUAUACAUGCUUGCGUUCUUAAUAUGUAUUCUCCAGAACAAAGGACCGAAUUUGUAAGCUGUUCCGCUAACACAAAUGAACCAAGCUCUAAUGAUAAUCUAAAGAAGUGCGCCAAACAAGCUGAUUUAAAUUGGGAAGACAUUACUAAAUGCACUAAAUCAGCGCAACCUGAUAAAUUAUUAAACUCCUAUUACAGACAGAGUGUAAUGGAAAAUAUCAGUAAAUAUCCCACAAUUCUGAUAAACGAUGAAUAUGACCGAAUGUUAGAACAGAAGGCUCUCUUCAAUUUUAAAGCAGUAAUGUGUCAACUUAUGGAUGAUCUACCAGAAGGUUGUAGAGUAGAAGAACGAGAUCUAUAAAUCAGUCAUAAAAUGCAACUACAUAAAAAAGAACUUAUAAAUAAAUUUAUUUAAUAGA